AUGGGCACUGCACAGAGGAGCCCUUAUAUCCACUUCGAGGCCGGGUGGAACUUGGAGCUGCAGGAAGACGAGACAGCCAUAGCUUACCGGUGUAACCAUGGGGUGAACUCCGCGGCAGGGGGGUCAAGCUCACAAGCACCGGGCAGCGGAGAUGAGGCGGGCCUGAACACGGGACGGUCUUGCCCGGACCAUUCCCAAGGCGACAGGCCGGGGCUGCAGAGUACGCGUGCGCAGCCUCUUGCCACGCCCCCGACGGCGAAGGGCGGGGCCUGGAACGGCGAGGGGCGGAACCCGGCGCUGGCCUGGAGCAGCCCAGCAAGCAGUUGGUGGGGGUCCGUAUCCCCGGAGCCGUGGGCCGGAGGCGCGCUUGGGCCCAGUCUUAGCGUGGUUGGGAGUGCGCGCUGGGGGCGCGCAGCCUCCUUCCCCGUUCGCAGCUCGUCCCCGCGCGCCCCUCUCGGGCGUCGGUGCUCCGGCGUCCUGGCCGCCAGGGCCGUGGCCCGGCUGCUCCUCUGGGCGGCAGGGCUGGUCGGCUGGCUCGCCGCGGACUUCAGCGACGUCCCCAACGGCGCUGGCAUAAGGGCUACUUGUUCUGACAUUAUUUUGAGGCAAGAAUUUUUGAAAGAUGGUUUCCACAGAGACCUUUUAAUAAAAGUGAAAUUUGGAGAAAGCAUUGAGGGCUUACAAACCUGUCGACUCUUAAUUAAACAUUACAUCCCAACAGGACUUUAUGUGGAUCCAUAUGAAUUGGCUUCAUUACGAGAGAAAAACAUAACAGAGGCAGUGAUGGUAUCAGAAAGUUUUAAUAUAGAAGCUCCCAACUAUUUGUCCAAAGAAUCUGAAGUUCUCAUUUAUGCCAGACAAGAUGCACAGUGCAUUGAUUGCUUCCAAGCCUUUUUGCCCGUGCACUAUCGCUAUCACCGGCCACAUAGGAAAGAUGGACACACACUUAUUGUGGUCAACAACCCAGAUUUAUUGAUGUACUGUGAUGAAGAGUUCCCAGUUUUGAAAUGCUGGGCUCAGUCUGAAGUAGCAGCUCCCUGUGCUUUGAAGAGUGAGGACAUCUGCCAGUGGAACAACAUGAAGUACAAAUCUAUACUUAAGAAUUUGACCCUACAGGUUCCAGUGGGACUGACUAUACACACCUCUUUAGUAUGUUCUGUGACUCUGCUCAUUACAGUCUUGUGUUCUACUUUGAUUCUUGUAGCUGUUUUCAAAUAUGGCCAUUUUUCCCUGUAAGUUUUAUACCAUUAAAUGUUAUCUAUAAAAUUAAUAAAUAAGACCUAUUCAUUUGUGAUGAGAAGUG